AUGGAGCCAAUCGUGAAAGCAACCAUUCAAGCAGCAAUUCUGAGCGCCAUCUCAAACACCCUCGCUCAGCUCAUCUCAUGUCACCGCGCAGGCCAUGGCUACACCCUCGACACAAACCCGUUGGUCACCUUCGUAACAUUCUCGCUCCUCUCAUGCCCGCCUAAUUACCUCUGGCAAUCCUGGUUGGAAUCCACCUUCCCCGGCUACACUUCGCCCGAUGAUGCUGCUGUCGAGAAGAAGAUUGAUCCCGCUUUUGCCCAGCCUCCUGCUUCCUCGAGACCUAAGGCCCUAAGCAUCAAGAACACCGCCAUUAAAUUCGCUCUCGAUCAGACUCUUGGUGCCGCGGUCAACAAUGCUUUAUUCAUUGUGGGAAUCGCUUUCCUGAAGGGCCAGUCUGUCGAGACCGCUCUGUCAGCACUGCAGAAGGACUUCUUUCCCCUUCUGUUCGCCGGCCAGAAGCUCUGGCCCCUUGUGUCCAUCAUCAGCUUCACACUUGUGCCUCUCGAACACCGUACAGUCUUCGGCGGUAUCAUCGGUGUCGGUUGGGGUGUCUUCUUGAGUCUGAUGGCUAAUGACAAGUAA